GUCAAGUAGGUGGCGGUAAUGUAACACAUUGGAUGCCAACAGCUGUUAAACCUCAUCGAAUAAGAGUUUCUGUUUACUGGCUAGGUGAUCAUUGUCCUCGACGCUACUGAAGAUGGAUUUACUUCAUAUUUUGCAGACGAACUUUGUGUCUAUUGUAAUGGGCUUAGUCGUUAUUAUUUUACUGUGGAUGAAUCGAGGCAAACAAAGCAGCUCACGUUUGCCGCCCGGUCCUGCACCGAUUCCUCUGCUCGGUAACUUGUUACAAAUGGAUGUGAAGGCGCCUUACAAGCUCUACAUGGAGGUCAGUCAAAUCCUUGCGGUAGAUCACUGUAAAGUUAUUUAGAAAAUAUGCAGAAUCAGGGUGUAGAAUGGAAUAUAAUUACUUUUCCACAGAACUUGGCAAAAAUAUUAAAUAUUUGCAUUUAUACAAGCUAAAUGUAGGCUAGAUUAUUAUUGUUUUACAUUAUUAUUUUCUGUGUUGGUUAUUGGAGCAACAACGCGGUUCAUUAUUCUCAUGUGACUGCGUUUUAUACAGUUACUAGCAUACUGUAAGUUAUUUAAUUGCUCACUCAGUAGUCAUCCAAAGUAUACUACAUGCAUGCAUAUGAGAACUGAAAAACGAUAUCUCUAUCACCUCAGUAGCAAGGAUAUCUGCUUGUUUGUGCUGUCGAAGUUUCUGGUGUCUUGGUUUUCUCGUCUUAGUUGUCACACAGCGUGCUCAAACACAUAGCCUUUGUGCAUUUACUACUACUACUACUACUACUACUACUACUACUACUAUUACUGUGAAAUGCAGUGAGGAAAAUGAAGUACAAUUCACAUCUUGCAAAAGUUUGACUUUUUGUGUAAUGUGAGGUCAUGAUAAUGUAGGUUAACUUUUGGUUGAACAGAUUUUUGGUUGCCAUAUACUUGUUAAUUAUUUACUAGUUAACCAUCCUUUACAGACUUUGCCCUUCUAAGCAAAUUAUUGCUAUCUCUGAGGCUUCCAAUGCCAAACAGAGUAGACAGACAUGUCCUGGUUGAUUAUAUUACUAUGGAAAAGGUGCUUCUGUAGAAUAUAUUUGGGAACAUAAAAUAACAUGUAUUACAAACGUAUUUGUACACAUUUUCGAUAUCUAAGGGAGUAUAAUGUACUCUAUCAAAUUUCCACUGCAUCCUUGGCUCUCUUGGGUCUCUCCACCACUUAUCCAAAGGAAUAGCAAGGCCACAAUAAUUUCACUUCCAUGUCAUACAUCCCAGGACUGUCAGCAGUGCUCCAUAUAAACCUGGGAUCUGAAACAUCACUAUGCUUAUCCCCUAACUAUAACUCUAUUCUUCUUCUCUCCUCAGCUCAGUAAGAAGUAUGGCUCAGUGUUUACUGUAUGGCUGGGCUCCAAACCUGUAGUGGUGGUCUCUGGCUAUCAGGCUAUCAAGGAUGCGUUUGUCAACCAAGGAGAAGAGUUCAGUGGCAGAGCCAACUACCCCGUGAUCAUGGCAAUCUCUAAUGGAUAUGGUGGGUGGUUUUUAAAUGGGAGUGGGUGGGUGUCAUUGACCUUGCCACAGUCAGUCUGUGUGGAAAUUGACAACUUAGCAGGUAACUGUUGUCACAAUAGGUUUUGUUAUGCUCUUCUAAUUCUACAUCUUUGUGCUUCUGUCCAACUCUUUUCUGUAGGGGUGUUGGUGAGCAGUGGGAAGAGAUCUAAAGAUCUUCGCAGGUUCUCCCUGAUGACCCUGAAAAACUUUGGGAUGGGGCACAGGAGCAUCGAAGAACGGGUCCAAGAAGAGGCUAAGAUGUUGGUGAAAGCCUUAAGUGAAUAUGGAGGUAGGUUGUUUUUCUUAGUAUUUUUAUAGCAUUUGAAAUAUAUUUUAUAAUAACUUUAUGGGCAAUAUUACCCAGGUUGUUGGAAUGUGAGAAACUGAAGAUAAAUGGUUUAUUGCAGAAUAUAGUAAUAGUAAAACCCAGGGGUGUACUGGGUAUUUUGUUGUUUAUUUAACUAGGCAAGUCAGUUAAGAACAAAUUCUUAUUUCCAAUGACAACCUACCAAAAGGCAAAAGGCCUCCUGCGGGGACGGGGGCUGGGAUUAAAAAUAUAGGACAAAACACACAUCACGACGAGAAACACAACAACACUACAUAAAGUGAGACCUAAGACGACAACAUAGCAACAAAACUUGACAACAUGGUAGCAACACAACAAGGCAGCAGCACAACAUGGUAGCAACACAAAUCAUGGUACAAACAUUAUUGGGCACAGACAACAGCACAAGGGCAAGAAGGUAGAGGCAACAAUGCAUCACGUGAAGCAGCCACAACUGUCAGUAAGAGUGUCCAUGAUUGAGUCUUUGAAUGAAGAUGGAGAUUAAACUGUCCAGUUUGAGUGUUUUUUGCAGCUCGUUCCAGUUGCUAGCUGCAGUGAACUGAAAAGAGGAGCGACCCAGGGAUGUGUGUGCUUUGGGGACCUUUAACAGAAUGUGACUGGCAGAAAGGGUGUUGUAUGUGGAGGAUGAGGGCUGCAGUAGGUAUCUCAGAUAGGGGGGAGUGAGACCUAAGAGGGUUUUAUAAAUAAGCAUCAACCAGUGGGUCUUGCGACGGAUAUACAGAGAUGACCAGUUUACAGAGGAGUAUAGAGUGCAGUGAUGUGUCCUAUAAGGAGCAUUGGUGGCAAAUCUGAUGGCCGAAUGGUAGAGAACAUCUAGCCGCUCGAGAGAACCCUUACCUGCCAAUCUAUAAAUGACAUCUCGGUAGUCUAGCAUGGGUAGGAUGGUCAUCUUUUUAUUAUAGUAAAGACAUGUAAUUUAAAUGUAAACAUUACCUUUUAGUGCUGAGCGGUUAGUGCUGUUUGAGGUCGUUUCGGUUAGAUUAUUAUGACAUGCCAUACUCUUUUUGUCCAGACAGCAUCAGAUACAUGGGCUACACAUACAGUUGAAGUCAGAAGUUUACAUACACUUAGGUCAUUAAAACUAGUUUUUCAACCACUCCACAAAUUUCUUGUUAACAAACUAUAGUUUUGGCAAGUCGGUUAGGACAUCUACUUUGUGCAUGACACAAGUCAUUUUUCCAACAAUUGUUUACAGACAGAAUAUUUCACUUAUAAUUCACUGUAUCACAAUUCCAGUGGGUCAGAAGUUUACAUACACUAAGUUGACUGUGCCUUUAAACAGGUUGGAAAAUUCCAGAAAAGUAUGUCAUGGCUUUAGAAGCUUCUGAUAGGCUAAUUGACAUCAUUUGAGUCAAUUUGAGGUGUAGCUGUGGAUGUAUUUCAAGGCCUACCUUCAAACUCAGUGCCUCUUUGCUUGACAUCAUGGGAAAAUCAAAAGAAAUCAGCCAAGACCUCAGAAAAGAAAUUGUAGACCUCCACAAGUCUGGUUCAUCCUUGGGAGCAAUUUCCAAACGCCAGAAAGUACCACGUUCAUCUGUACAAACAAUAGUACGCAAGUAUAAACACCAUGGUACCACGCAGCCGUCAUACCGCUCAGGAAGGAGUCUCCUAGAGAUGAACGUACUUUGGUGCGAAAAGUGCAAAUCAAUCCCAGAACAACAGCAAAGGACCUUGUGAAGAUGCUGGAGGAAACAAGUACAAAAGUAUCUAUAUCCACAAUAAAACAAGUCCUACAUUGACAUAACUUUAAAGGCCGCUCAGCAAGGAAGAAGCCACUACUCCAAAACCGCCGUUAAAAAGCCAGACUACGGUUUGCAACUGCACAUGGGGACAAAGAUCGUACUUUUUGGAGGAAUGUCCUCUGGUCUGAUGAAACAAAAAAUAGAACUGUUUGGCCAUAAUGACCAUCGUUAUGUUUGGAGGAAAAAGGGGGUUGCUUGCAAGCCGGAGAACACCAUCCCAACCGUGAAGCACAGGGGUGGCAGCAUCAUGCUGUGGGGGUGCUUUGCUGCAGGAGGGACUGGUGCACUUCACAAAAUAGAUGGCAUCAUGAGGAAGGACAAUUAUGUGGAUAUAUUGAAGCAACAUCUCAAGACAUCAGUCAGGAAGUUAAAGCUUGGUCGCAAAUGGGUCUUCCAAAUGGAAAAUGUUACAUUUACAUUUACGUCAUUUAGCAGACGCUCUUAUCCAGAGCGACUUACAAAUAGGUGCAUUCACCUUAUAGCCAGUGGGAUAACCACUUUACAAAUUUUAUUUUAUUAUUUUUAUUUUUUUGGGGGGGGGGGGCAUCACAAAGCCCUGACCUCAAGCCUAUAGAAAAUGUGUGGGCAGAACUGAAAAAUCGUGUGUGAGCAAUGAGGCCUACAAACCUGACCAACUUAUUGUGGGAAGCUUGUGGAAGGCUACCUGAAACAUUUGACUCAAGUUAAACAAUUUAAAGUCAAUGCUACCAAAUACUAAUUGAGUGUAGGUAAUUUAGGUAAGAAUUUGUUAAAAUUAAAUAUUUGUGUUUUCUCUGCCCUGCUUUAAAAGUGCCUCCAUUGCUGCAGCUUAAUUUAAAUGAAAGUUAAGUUUGCAAUUAUAUCGCAUGAAACAAUGCACAGGAACUCUGUCAGGGUGGAAUAGUCCAUUAUUAUGAACCAGUCCAUGGGUGAUUAAUGACACUUGUUUCUACUAUUAUGAGAAAGUUGUAUUUAUAUUGAUAUGAAAUAUAUGUAUGGAAAUAAGUUAUUGGUCUAUUAUGAAUUGUUACUCUGCUGUAUGGGUUCAUUUUGGAAGCAUUUUUUUGUCAACAAUGUGGCCUCAUUAACUUGGGCACAGCGGCCAGGCAAACCCCCCCCCCCUCCCCAUUUCCCUUGCAACUUUAAAGCUUCCUGCAGAUUUUGCUACUUCUGAACCAACCUGCUGAUGCAAGACAGAAUGAGAGCAACGAGUUGAGCAGCCCACAACAGCGGGGUUGGGUGGGGGGGGCCUCGAGCGGAGCAUGGGGGGUGGGUUUGCCUGGCCGCUGUGCCCAAGUUAAUGAGGCCACAUUGUUGACAAAACAAUGCUUCCAAAAUGUAUCCAUACAGCCGAGUAACAAUUCAUAAUUUAUUAUGUUCAGUAUGAAAAUGUUUGCACUCACUAACUGUAAGUCGCUCUGGAUAAGAGCGUCUGCUAAAUGACUAAAAAUGUAAUUAUGCACAGCUCACUAGUGAGGCCCCUUGAUGAUGUGAGCCCUGAGGCAAUUAUCUCUUCUGCAUAAUGGUAAGUCCGCCACUGGUAAAACCUCCCCAGAACAAAACCAGACAGAGCACAUUGCCAAGACCUGCCACUCCCUCCAGGACCCUAGGGAUGAAUUCCAAGGGAGAUUUAAUAUUUUGUUUUGUGAUCAGUGUAACUGAGAACUGGGGCGGGGUGAAUGUUUUAACAGAUCAGGAAGUAACUGUAUACAUUAUUCUCAGUAUUAUCUUCACCAAGCUUUUCACACUAAACAUGUAAUUGAAAAGGUGCCGUUUUAUUUUAAAAGACAUGGAAAAUCUAGUGUUUAAUUCAAAGGUAGUUGUUGCUUCUCACAGCUAUUUCUAAAAGUUUCACUAUCACAAUAUUAUACUGCAUAUGGAUAACCAAUCAUGUAUUUAAAGGUAUAUUUUUGUGCUUGCCUUCCUUCUCUGGUCUAGAUUCAGUUGUCAAUCCCAAAGAAUUGCUUUGCAAUUCUGUUGGCAAUGUGAUCUGCUCCAUAGUCUUUGGGCACAGGUUUGAAAAUGAUGACCCAAUGUUUCAACUCAUCCAAAAGGCUGUUGAUUACUACUUUCAUGUCCUAAGCAGCCCUAUAGGAGCGGUACAGUAACUUUUCAGUUCAUCUCUUUUCAUAAAAUCUUCAAUUGCUCUCAACACCCUAACUUGUGCUAAAUUGAAGCUCUAUCACAGUAAUUGCACAAAAAGGCCUUGGGCUGGCCAAUCCAUUGUUUCCAGUAACAAAAAACCCUCCCCUUUCUUUCAGAUGUACAACAUGUUCCCUAGAAUCGUUUGGUGCUUUCCAGGCAAACACCAUGAGAUGUUUGCUAUCGUAAACAAGGCCAAAGAUUACAUACAAGGGCAAGCAGAAAUCCGUCUUAAAACCCUGGACACCUCUGACCCUCAGGACUUCAUCGAGGCCUUCCUGGUUAAAAUGCUCGAGGUAGAAAACGCGGCAUGAUCCUCACAUUGGAGGUUGAACCUCUUACACAUUAUGAAAAUAUGGAAUGUGGCUGGAAUUAAGAUACCAUCCAUGUCCACUUAUGUUUGGCUAUCAAGACUGAAUAGACAAAUGAGAAACCCAUCUCUGGUUUUCCAAUGUAUUUAGUGGCAAUAAGUAUGUGGCGAUGGCAUCAACUAGCCACCAGAUGUCUAUGUAUUCUUGCAUAGCUGAUGUUAGCGGCCCAUCUCUGGGUCGCUAACAUCAGCUAUGCUCCAAGAAUGUGGCGAUGGCAUCAACUAGCCACCAGAUGUCGCUGUUCACUUGUAUAACUGAUGGCGAUUUAUUCUCUUCUCUUAGGAGAAGGAUAAUCCCAACACUGAGUUUAACUAUGAGAACAUGGUGAUGACUGCAUGGAGCCUGUUUGCUGCUGGAACAGAAACCACAUCAUCCACCCUAAAACACUCAUUUCUGAUGAUGAUGAAGCACCCUCACAUUCAAGGUACCCUAUCUACCCAAGUCUUUAUCGAUUGCAUCCAAGUCUCCUAUACCUAUUUGAUAACACUGUAAUCCAAAAAUAAUAAUCUUGUACUAUAAAUUGUUUGAAAUGUGUUAUUACAAUGUAGUUACAUGUAAUAACUCUAACAACAAUCCAUACAUGGUAUCAGUGCAACAUAAUGUAAAGUGUGACCUAAAUCUUCUUAAGAGAGAGUUCAGAAGGAGAUAGACGAGGUGAUUGGCUCAAGAGUGCCCACGGUUGACGACAGAGUUAAAAUGCCCUACACGGACGCUGUCAUUCACGAAGUCCAGAGAUACAUGGACCUCAGUCCCACCUCUGUCCCCCACAAAGUGAUCAGAGAUACAGAGUUCUAUAACUACCACAUUCCAGAGGUGACCACAAUUCAUGUAACUGUAGCAACACUGAAUGUUACAUUUCACCAUAUCUUGUUUGACGUGGUGGAACUGUUGUUCAAAAAAGAUGAUUUACAUUUUACUAAUCAACAUGCAGUUUCCAUAGCAAGUGAAUGGUGUUAUUUUGUCAUUUUUUCAGGGUACCAUGGUCCUGCCUCUGCUGUCCUCUGUGCUUGCUGAUCCCAAACUGUUUAAGAACCCAGAUGAGUUUGACCCAGAGAACUUCCUGGAUGAAAAUGGAUGCUUCAAGAAAAAUGAUGGAUUCUUCGCUUUUGGAGUAGGUAAGAUCAUGCUCCAAGUAAUUUGUGGAUUGUGAGUUCUAGCGGUCUAAGCCUGAUAUUACGUCUUCUAUACAGGAUUAGUUAAUGUUUGAUAUUGUGAGCUGCAUAAGGAUUUGGAGGAUGAGGACAUUCCAUGUAUUUAUUUCUGUCAAUGGUGGGUGCCAGAAGGUAUGCGUGCCAAGAUAGCUGGGGGGCCACUGGUGCUAAUCUUAGAAGGAGUACGUGAUGGAAUAUCCUGACUAGGGUGCAAGACGAUACCAUAUAGGGUGAUGCGAUUGUGGUGAGGAGUGACACUCAAUAAUGGUUGGCAACUGUUGGAUAGAAUUAGCUUGCAAACAGGUAUAUAAGCUAAGAGAUUUCCUUUGUUCAGGAGUUCAGAUAGAAAACGGCACGUGGGUGGCCCAUUGCUAUGUGAACCCGGUACCGCAAUAUUAAAUACUUUGAAUCAACUCUCCAUGUAAGUGUGUUGUGGAAAUUCAACGCUAUACUUUAUUAACAAUCAAAGUACAUACAGAGUUUUUGUUGAAUCAAGACUUACUUUAUUGAAUUUCAAUAAAAGGAAGCUGGUCUCUCCCUCUCCAUCUUAUAUAGUGCCCUCCACACACCCUAGCUUUAAAAUCCCUCCCUCUUCAAUUUCCCGCUCUUUUAUUGCUUCCCCCACUCCCUUUGUCUAUGGUGGCGGCUAAAUUCGACUUUCAUUCAGUUCAGAAUCAAUAGUAAUACCCUCAAUCAAUCCCUUAUCUUGCAAAAACACUAAUGUUUAGUUUAAACUCUGUUCAACCCUGGUGCCGCUCUUUAUCACUUUGUUUGAGGAGAGAGACAAAAGGCCACAGGAUUAAGUUCUUGCCUAGCCACAGAGAAUGUUAACUAUAUGUUCAUGAUUAACUCAGUUUUAUCUCGUAGUCCACUAAAAAAUGUGUUUAAGUAUCUUCUUGCAUACUGAAUUACUUGAUGCCAGAGAAACUCAUCAUAACAAAGCUACUGCCUCUCUGGAGCACAUGUACUUUGUUCCGCUGCCAGCAUGGGUUUGAAUCUGACCCACUGCUUUUCAGCACACUCUCCUAAUAACUUUCCUGUAUCUCUCUAUCCUAUCCACAAAAAACAUGAAAAGAUAUGAGAGGAUUGGGGCUGCCCUAGCCUGGUGGAACCAGCCUGAUCCACCAGCCUAGGACUCCCCCACUCAUAAAAAAAAACAAAAAAAAAAACAGUUCAAUUCAGUUAUAGGCUCAGCUGACUGACAAUGACCUCUCCUUUCUCUUGUUCCUCAGGGAAGCGGGUGUGUCUGGGAGAGGCUCUGGCCAGAGUGGAGCUCUUUCUCUUCUUUACCUCCCUCCUGCAGCGCUUCACUUUCACCGGCACCAAACCUCCAGAGGAGAUCAACAUCGAACCAGCGUGCUCCAGCUUUGGCCGCAUGCCGCCUUCCUAUGAUUGCUACAUCAAACUCAGGGCUGAGGAGUGACCACUCUACUGUGGAGCAGCCACAGGCUGAGCUUCACAGGCAGCUGCUUGUCAUUGUACAGUAACCAUAGCCUUAAAUUGACCACCUUUUUUUCUUGUAGACAACUAUAGACAGGGGUUAGUGAGUUGUAUAUCUUGCUAUUAUCCUCUGGUAGGAUCUCUGAGGUAUGGCUUGUUAUUUCAAGAUUAAUUUCUGUCCACAAAUGUAUUUUUUUAAACUUGUUUUUGGUCAGGUUUCAAGGAUUCCCUUCAGAGAUGUUGGUUACCAUAUCUCUAUAUUGUUGAUCACAUUCCCCUGCUUUGUACCCUUGUAAAAUAGGAAAAAAUGUCAGCGCAGGUCAAUAAGUUAGGAUUAAGUUCUCUAUUCAAAUGUUAUGGUGAGAGGACAAAGUUUCUGGUGGUAAAAUGUAAGCAACUGAAAUUGGUAUUGUUUUGUAGGUUGCUGCGCGGUUAGGACUGGGGGUCACAAUAUGUUAUUCUGCUUUUGUAUUCAACAUGAUUGAUGUAUUGUAACAACAUUUGGUUGUCACUUUUGCUUCAACUAAUAAAUAGUAAUGCACAUUUCAGCCAGAUCACCACAAUAUAUUUUGUGCGUCCAGACCUGUCAUUUAAAAGCGAG